AGCAGGGCGGCCUUGUUACGUCUAUGACGAUGGCCUUCUAGAGAUUGGAAAGUAUUCAACUUUCUAAUAUCUUCUACAGAACUAUUUGAUUCGAUCCAUAUUGCCGUUCAAAAGUGAAAACUUGGUUUUGUGAUUGUGUUUGUCAUUGUGCCUUAUUCUGGAUGGAUACUUCUUAGUGAAAAGCCAAAUUGUCACAUCAUUAUUAUACUUGUUCCACCUACACUUGUGAAAUAUUUUGGUCCUGUUGGAAUUUUCAAUAGCAAAAACGCCUUAAGUUAUGGUAUCCCGUCGAAAAAUUCUGUCAAGGUCGCGAGACGAUCUGCAUUCGGAUUCCAUGUAUCAACCCCCUGAAGAUGAAGAGGAUGUCUGGUAUCAAAAAGAGAAACUGUAUAGGGACCACAUACAAGAAGUGCUGAACAAAUGGACCCAGAUAGAUGACGAAAUAUGGGCCAAAGUUAUUGUUUUGGAAAGAAAUCGCAGGGUUGCUAAAGCUUAUGCUAGGGCCCCAGUCCUCACAGUGAAUGAUUCUGAUGAUGGAUUUGAUGGGUUCAGAAUAGGACUAUUAGGUUUUGAAAAUCCAAUGCGUGACCAGAAAACUGAGGAAUAUAAAAGGCACAUUGGUCAUGGUGUGAAAAUUAAGAUGGAUGAUGCUGGUAAUGUUUUGAUUAAGAGAGUGUCCAAAUGCAAUGUGUACAUCAAAAAUACUGCACAUGAAACAGAAAAUGCCAUUGGCAAUGAAAUUCUCAAAUUGCCAAACUGUGCUUUAGAACCAGAAAAACCUGUGAAGUUGUUUGACAUGAAAAAAUUCCAAUCCAAUGUGAAUCGAGAAUUGAGAAGAGCCUAUCCUGAUAGGAGAAGAUUAGAAUGUCAGUGUCUCAGUGCUAUUGCAUUUGUAAAGGUAGAACCAGAACUUCUGGAGUGUCCUAUUUGGGUUCUGAUCAUCAACAUAGUAGCCUUGGACAUGUUGAAAUCCAAGCUGCCCCCUGUGCAGAGAGUCAUGGACAUAAAAAACCGUCCCAGAAUCCCUAUCCCAGAUGAAGACCCUUACAGCAUAGCAAGUACAGACAGUGGGCACUUUGGAAGUUCUGGAUAUGGUGGAGUUGGAGUAGCAGCAACUAGAGAACAACUCCUCAUGCAGACACAGAGACGUAGUGACAAGCCUCCCAAGCUGCCUCCACGAGAAAAAAUGUACCCCCAUGACAUCCCUCAGCCAGAUUAUGAUGACUACAUGUCUGGCAGACAGCUCAAGACAUUUGCCCCAAGGGACAACAAGGAGAGAGCAAGUGACCCUAAGAAGUUUGAAGAAGAUCCCUACUAUUGUGGACUGCGUACUAGGGUGCCAAAUUUUGCUCAGAGGAGGAGUGAUAAGCCCCCAAAAUUACCGCCUAGGGAGAAUAUUUACCCCCAUGAUAUCCCCAAACCUGAUUAUGAUGACAGCAUCACCAACAAUUGGCUCAAACCUUUUGGGUCAUCUAGGGGUAAGGAGAAAAAAUCUAAGGACAACAAGCAGUAUGAGGAUCCCUAUUAUUGUGGGUUGAGGGCUAGGGUACCUAAUUUUGUAGCAAAAUUGAAAGGUAAAGAUUCAGUAGCUUCCAAGAGAUUUUCUGUUAGUCAAAAACCUGGGUUACCCCUCCAGAAGUGAAAUAGACAUUAGACAUAAUCCAUUUUAAAUAGGAAUAUCUUGAAAAAUAAGAAAUAUUCAUCAUUUUCUCACCUCAUUUAACCACCAUUAUGAUUUCAAGAGAAGUAAAACUAGAAAUAUGAUUCAUUUAGUGUUAGGUGAAACCUAAAAGUAGGUGGAUACACCCAGAAUAUGGUUGUUUUGAUGAAAUCAACAAUUGGCAUUGAGAAUUUAUCAAUAACAAUUUUCCAUCGAAUUUGAAUUGAACAUCAAGAAAUCUUGAAAAUAGAUAACAAUAUUUCUUGCAAUUGAUUAUUAGCUUCCC